AUGAUUUCUGUCUUUCGGCCUUUUGGCCCUUUGGUCUUUUGUUCUUUUUGUUUUUUUUUCAUUUACAAGUUUUCUCUCUUUUCUCUCUUUCCAACAUUUAUUAUAUUCACAGAUUUUCUUGACACUCGCGUUUUGUUACCUUCUGAUGCAUCCCCUUCACAAUGUCCAUCCGGAUUAGCUAAGGCCAUAUCGCCGAAAUUACUCUCUACUAUUAAACACGGUUAUGAACACAAUGAACCUCCCUCUCAUGAGCACAUCGCGAAUCAAGAACUUUCAUUUCAUAUGAGUGUCAUUGACAUGACAAUAUUAGCGUCUCCUAUGUACUCUCUUGGUCUGCAAAUAAAUCCUUUUGCUUCGGGUAGAACAACCAUUUACAAGCAAGCAACACACAACUGGGCUUUUCUCUGGGAGAUAUUGUUUGGAGAAUACUUGUUUUAUCAGAACAUUGGCCAUUUCAAAUUGUAUGAAGGAUAG